GCCGUUCUCUGACGGCCCCCGGGGCCCAGUGCGGGCCCCUGGAGGCCGAAAAAGGCUGAAACCCCUCCGCCGUGACCAUUUUGCAACGCGAGGAGGUCGGAGUCCAAGGGCCCGUAGGCAGCCCCGUCGGCGGUCCUCGGCGAUCCUCGGCGGCCACUCCGCCAAGGAGGACACCCGGCGGAGGGAGGGAGAGUGAUACGAUGAGGAAGGCAAGGAAACGGCGAAGGCACCUUUUCCUGGCUCCCUCGGCUGCGGCGUGAAGCGCAGCCACCCUCGAGCAAAAUGAUCAACCACCAAAAGCGACAGCCGCCGACCAGCAGCUGCCCAAAACCUGUAACGGGUCGAGACCUGUCAGAGGGGGCCGAGAAGCAGAGAAAGGCAGAGCGGGAGGGAUCGGGAGAGGGGCAGACGAUUGUUCAAUGCGCGGCCCGAGAAGUCCCGACCCCUUGCCUGGGCGUAGCUUUUGUCGCCCUGGGGCCACGCUCGAUGGCACGGGGCCGCACCGCUGGCCCCAGGGGCCCGAACCGAGGAGAAGCGCCAGAAGAGACAAAGUCCGAGCCCAGGGCGAAGGCCGCGCAGCAGAGGCCACCAAGGCGAAGGGCCACUCUCGCGUGCCGCCGAAGGUGGAGCGCGCGCUCCGCCGCCCAGCGGCGCGCGCCGCGCGCGCGCGGCCGUCCGAGCCGCGCGCACGCUCGAGAUGCGCCCCCAGCGGGAUCCACGCGGCGCCCGGAGCGAACAGAGGAGGCGGCGCAGGGCAAGCAAGGAGCGCGCGCGCGAGUAAGGGGCCCCGCAGGGCGCGGAGCCGCGGCUGAUGGGGAAGCGACAAAGGCGGGCAUCAGUCUCCAACGUCUGCCUCGCCCUCCUCCUCCACCAUCUCCCCCUUCCCUCGGUGCCUGCCAAGGCUGCGCUCGCGGCUCCAGCUCAGGCCUUAAGAGAGAACUUGGUCUCGCCCUUCUCGAAGAAGCCGACGAUCUGGUUGGCCGCAGCGAUGCCAGCGUUGUUGUUUGCCUCGAUGGUCUGGGCGCCCAUCUUCUUCUUGGUGAAGAUCACCCGCUUCAUGUACUUGUCCCCAACGAUCGCCUUCGCCUCCUCCUGCGCCUUGAAGCCGACGUCGCACAGGUAGCAGAAGUCGGGCCUCUCCUUCAGCACCUCGAGCAUCUGCCCCUCGUGCACAACCUCCAUCCUUGCAGUGUUGAUCAGGGUGCCGCCCUUGGGCAUUUUGAGCAGCAGCUCCUUGUUGAUGGACUCCUUGGUCUCCGGAGUCAGCGGCACGUGCAGCGACACGUACUGGUGCUUGAAGAGGUCCGCCACGGUGUCCACAGGCUCGGCGCCCAUUUUCUUGAUGGCGUCCUUCGGGAUGUAGGGGUCGUAGGCGUACAGGACCAUGCCGAAGCCUGCUGCCAGCUUCCCCACCGCCCUGGCGACGGCCCCGUAGCCGUAGAAGGCGAUGCUGCGGCCGACGAGCUCGAAGCCGCUGGUGCCGUCGUAGUUGUUGCGGGCGCUUGUCAGCAUCAUGCCGAACACCAGCUCGGCGACGGCGUUCGCGUUCUGCCCUGGGGUGUUCAUCGCCGUGAUCGACUUCGCCUCACAGGCCUUCAAGUCGAUGUUAUCGUACCCAGCGCCGGCCCGCACGACGAUUUUCAGCUUCGCGGCCUUCUCCAGGACCGCGGCGUCCACGAUGUCGCUGCGGAUGAUCAUGGCGUCCACGUCGGCCACGGCGGCCAAGAGCUCGUCCUUGCUCUUGUAGUUCUCCAGCUUCUUCAUGGUGUACUUGGACUCGUCGAAGGCGGCCUGGAUCUUGGCCACCGCGUCGGCCGCAAAGGGCCUUCUCGGUCGCCAGCAGCACUGUGCGCGCCUUGCCCGCCUCGCCCGCCAUUGUCGGAAGUGAGCGCUGGAAGCUGAAAGUCUGCGCCGCGCGCCUGACCGAGGCCGUAGAAGUAAGCCCUCUUUUCAGCCAAAAUGGCU